AUGAACGAUAUGAACGAAUCACAUGAACGGCCGAGACAACACGAAGCCGGCGGAAAGUACGGCCAGGGAGUGAUCGUGCGCCGUUACAAAAUCGUACAGCCAGUAAUUGUGCGCGUCGAGGUGACGGCCAGCCACCGGGGGUACUUCGAGUUCAGGCUGUGUCCGAACAAUGCACCCAAGCAGGUGGCCAGCCAGUCGUGUCUGGACAAGUACGUUUUGCGGAGGGUUAAGACCAAGGACACUAUUGAAGCGUUCCACGAAACUCGAUUCUAUCCAGGCACCGAGAACAAGGUGUACAAAAUGUGGUACCAGCUCCCCGAUGGGUUAACGUGUAGUCAGUGCGUUUUGCAGUGGAAGUACACGACGGGCAACAAUUGGGGCGAGUGUGGUAACGGCACCAGUGCGGUGGGCUGUGGGCCGCAAGAGGAGUACAGGGCAUGUGCUGACAUAUCUGUGUCAGACAGGGAUGGCACAUACGAUACGUCACCAUACCCAACACCGCAGUAACAGAUCCAGAAGUCAAUUAAGGGGGGGGGGCGGAUUUUCAAAAAUUAAAUACCUUUUUUUCUGUUUAAUCUGUAAUUUAUUGGAGGCUAAUAUUUGCAUUAUUUUAUCUAUACAACUAAAUAAAUCUGAAAUGAAUAAGCUCAAUUA